CAUGUGUACCUUAUAUAAUACAAGUAUGAGAUAAAAUGAUUUUAAGCAAAUGCAAAAUACCAAAUUCUUCCUUCAUUUAAUUAACAUCAUCCAUGAAUAUCUCAAUAAUCUUACUAUUAUUGAUUGUUGCAUUAAAUUUCUCAAUUACUCAAAGUUUCCAACACCCCUUAGACCCUUUAAGCCCUAAAGAAAUCAAUGAAAUAAGAGUUAUAAUUGAAAAAUCCCAUCUGAAAACCCUUAAAAAUUUAACAUACCACUUUGUGGAUGUUGAUGAGCCUGAAAAAGAUGAUGUGCUACAUUGGCUAUCAUCAUCGUCAUCGUCAUCGUCAUCGUCUAGGAAAACAAAGUUGUUACCUCGUCGAGCCAAGGUGGUGGUCAUAGGUGGGGGACAAACACGAGAACUGGUAGUAGACUUAUCGAAGAGGUUGAUCGUGUUAGACCAUGUGUACAAAGGUCAUGGUUACCCUCCACUCACAUUUGAAGAGUUGUUACAAGCAAGCCUAUUAACCCAAAAAGACCCUAGGUUUCUUGAGUCUCUAUCAAGAAGAAAUUUGAAGGGUUCCCAAGUUUCAUGCCUACCUCUUACUAAAGGUUGGUUUGGAGAACAUGUCUCUACAAGGGGAGUUAAAAUCACAUGUUUUUAUAGAAAUGGAACCACUAAUAUAUAUGCUCGCCCAAUUAAUGGGAUAACCAUACUAUUUGAUCUUGAAUUAAUGAAGGUAACAACGUAUAUGGAUCGUUAUCGAGCUCCAUUGCCUAAGGCUAAAGGUACCGAGUUCCAUUCACGACCAGUACAACCCGGUCCGAGUUAUCCUAACAUAACUAACAGCAAGUUUAGUAUCCAAGGUAAUUUGGUUACAUGGGGUGAUUGGAAAUUCCAUGUUGCAUUUAAUUCAAGAGCAGGAACAAUUAUAUCUGCUGCAUCUAUAUUUGAUGGAAAGGAGAACAAGUAUAGGAGGGUUUUGUAUAGAGGUCAUGUUUCCGAGACGUUUGUACCAUAUAUGGAUUCUACGGAAGAUUGGUAUUAUAGGACAUUUAUGGAUGUGGGCGAAUUCGGGUUUGGGAAAGCAGCUGAUAGCCUUCAACCCCUUGUUGAUUGCCCAGGGAAUGCAAGGUUUAUGGAUGGGUAUUUGGUUGAUGCUUUUGGAAUGCCUAAUUUGCUUCCUAGAGCUAUUUGUGUUUUUCAAAGGUAUUCUGGUGAUGUUGCAUGGAGACAUACUGAAAUUGGAGUUCCUGGGAGAGUGAUACGAAAUGGAGAGCCAGAAGUUACACUAGUUGUGAGAAUGAUAGCUACCGUUGGAAAUUACGACUACAUUCUAGAUUGGGAAUUCAGGCAAACAGGGUCCAUUACAGUUGGGGUUGGAUUAACGGGAGUACUAGAAAUGAAGGCAACAUCCUACACAUCAAUGGACCAAGUAACAGAAGAAAUGUACGGCACCAUGGUGGCACCUAACACUAUUGCCAUUAACCAUGACCACUUCCUCACUUACUAUCUUGACCUUGACGUCGACGGCAACGAGAACUCCUUCAUGAGAUCUUCAUUACAGUCGGAGAGAGUAAGGAGGAUGUCAACCCCUAGGAAAAGUUACUGGAAUGUCAAGAAGAAAAUCUUUAAAAGAGAAGCUGAGGCUAGAAUACGGCUCAGCUCGAAGCCGGCUCAGUUAAUGGUGGUGAAUUCUAAUAAGAAAACUAAUGUGGGAAACCCAGUUGGUUACCAGCUUAUUACCGGACAACCGGCUUAUUCACUCCUAGCUGAUGAUGAUUAUCCUCAAAUACGUACUGCUUAUACGAAGUACCAAGUUUGGGUGACUCCCUAUAGUAAGUCAGAAAGGUGGGCUGCUGGUUUUUAUGCUGACCAAAGCCAUGGAGAUGAUGGCUUAACUGUAUGGACUCGUAGGAAUAGAAAGAUAGAAAACAAAGACAUUGUGUUGUGGUAUACUAUGGGAUUUCAUCACGUCCCCUGCCAAGAAGAUUUUCCUAUUAUGGCAACUCUCCGAAGCAGUUUCGAGCUCCGUCCGACUAACUUUUUCGACCAAAAUCCAAUUACUUACAAAGUUAAGUCAUGAUACACUCAUGCAUCAUUGUAAUGAAGAACAACAAUGCUAUAUAUAUACUUUAAUUUAAUACUAUGUAUCUGAUGAAUGAAUUAUGGAUGAGACUAAUUAAAUGUGUAUUAUCUUAAUCACUUGAAUUCUAGCACAACAACUAAAAAAAUGAAUGUAUAAUUCAUUCUUAUUGGACCUCACUCUUAACGUUUUUGCUUCAUUUGUAAAUCACAUUGAGUUACAAAGUGAAGUACUCCAUUGAGAUUAUAUUUAUACAACGCGCGGAUGGUACAGGCGCGUGCACCUAGAUCUAGGUGCACCUGCACCAAAACGCAGAAAAAUAAGAACAAAACGCAAAAACAUAAAAAAACAACAAAAAACAUAAAAGAACACAAAAACAUAAAAGAAAGAACAUCAAGAAUUAAACCAAAAGAACAAUAAGUAAAACAGGAAAGAACAAUAGCAUUGAAAACCAAAAAAGGUUAAAACAACAAAUAAGUAAAAACACAUAAAAGAACAAUAAGUAAAAACACGUAAAAGAACAUAAAACACUAAAAAGAAAGAACAUCAGCAAUUAAACGAAAGAACAAAUAGAAAAGAACAAUCAUAUUAAAAACCAAAAAGAUUAAAACACGUAAAAGAACAUAAUACACUAAAAUGAGAGAAGAUCAGAAAGUAAAGGAAAAGAACAAAAAGAAAAAAAGAAAAACACAAACAUAUUAAAAACCAGAAAGGUUAAAACAAGGAAAAAACGAUUUCUCUGCACUUUUAAAAAGAACAUGGCAAAUGCAACACCAGACGCACAAAAGAAGAAAAGAACCAACGAAAAGAACAACAAAAACGUUAAAAAGUGAAAAAACCGCCAAACAGAAGUUUUUUAUUGAAAUAAUGAACGUGGCAAGAAAAAAACCGCAAAACAGAAGUUUUCCUAUGAAAACAUAAAACGUGGCAGUUAAUUUCUCUCUCCUCAAAAUCUUUUAAUAAAAAAACAUUAAAUAAGUUACUUGUCUUUCAUUUUGUAUUUUAAAAAAUUAAAAAAUAGAUUACUGUUUAAAAUAAAAAAAUAAAAAAAUAUAAUUUAAGUAAAAAUAGUAAUAAAAAACAAAUUUAAAAAUACUAACAACAGAUAAUAAAAAGAACACAAAGGAGACUCAAACGAACAUCAUUUUCUUUACUUAUAGGCCAAAAGAACAAAAAAGCGGACGAAAAGAACAACCAAAAAAAAAAGGAAGUUUAAGUUUGAAAAUACUGUAGCAGUUAUUUUCUCUCUCUUCAAUUUAUCAUAUAUAAAUACAUCAUUGAAUUCGACAUUUAUUUUCACUUUCACACUCAACCUACAUGCAAAACCUCCACUCACAAACAAUCAAAAAAACAGUGCAAAACCUUUCAAAUUCUUGCAAAUCCGAACUUCCCCAAUUUGCAAUUCUACUAUUUUCACUCUAAAAACUUCCCCAAUUUGUUUUUUGGAAGUGAUAAUCUGGUUACAAAAACUUGAACCCUAACAAUUGAAAAUGGGGAAAUCGAAAAAAGGAGAAGAAGUUGAUGCGAAAUG